GCUGUCCUUCUGUUUACAGAUGAAGUGCGCCCCCUGCUGCUUCUCUCCUGGUACUGCACCCAUCGCACGCUUCUGUCCAAGGUCCUGAAACAGGCUCCAAUAAUUCACUGUAAUGACGCGCCCUAACUUUUCCAUCAUGACAGCACCUUCUCACUAUCCCUCUCUUCUUUUUAAGUUUACAGUAAAACCCCACAGAUCCGCACGGUUCCUCCCGAGUCUUCCUCCACCUUCCCCCUGAAAGAUUUCCCCUGUCAUCCUUUUAAACGGCUCAACUAGUUUAAUCCCGGCGGCUGACCACCGCGCAUACCGGGACGCGUUUGGUUUGAUAUCCAUCACCGUUAUGCGCCUGCACAGAUAACAAUAAAUACAAAUACAAUAGGAAGAAAACCAAGGAGAGAAACUUCCAGAAACUGGAUUCUGUGAAUAACACUGGCUUAAUCGGAUUUUCUCGGCUACAAGCAGGAUGGCCUGCAGCCUCUCCGCUGCACCGGCGCGCUGCAUGCGGGUCUGAGAUGACCGGCUGCACACGGUCGCUUCUUAUUUGCACCCCUAGAAAGUUCUCUCUCUUCGUAUCUGUGAUCCAGCACGCAUCGCAGGACCCCCCUGAGGAGUUGAUGGUGGGUUUUCUCAGGUGAUCUCGUGGCGGUGAACUGCGGACAUGGAAGGGGCAAAGAAAGAUGCCCCCCCUGGGGGCGAUGCAGGAAAAUCAGACACCCUGGGGUCAACUGGCUCGGCCAGGAAAAGGGGAGGGGGGGCCAAGAAGGCGAUGCAGGCGAACAAGUCUGCCCUCAGAGCCCCCCGAGCCCUCUGCUGCCUCACCCUCAGCAACCCCAUCCGCAUGGCAGCACUGGCCCUCGUAGAGUGGAAGCCCUUUGACAUUUUCAUUCUACUUGCCAUUUUUGCCAACUGUGUGGCCAUGGGCGUGACCAAGCCGUACCCUGAUGAUGACUCCAACGCCACCAACCACCAGCUGGAACAAGUUGAAUACGUCUUCCUCGUCAUCUUCACCAUCGAGACCUUCACUAAAAUUCUUGCCUACGGCUUAGUCAUGCACCCCAGCGCCUACAUACGCAGCGGAUGGAACUUCCUCGACUUUGUUAUCGUCAUUGUCGGGUUGUUCAGUGUGAUAGCAGAAGCUAUGACGGAUCACAAGCCUGGAGAGGCCCAUCACGCCGCGGGAAAACCCGGAGGCCUGGAUGUCAAAGCCCUCAGAGCAUUCAGGGUGUUGCGACCGCUUCGGCUCGUCUCUGGAGUGCCAAGUUUGCAGAUUGUGUUGAACUCCAUCAUGAAAGCCAUGGUCCCCCUUCUGCACAUCGGUAUGUUGGUCAUGUUCGUCAUCAUCAUCUACGCCAUCAUCGGCUUGGAGCUGUUCAUCGGCAGGAUGCACAAGAGUUGCUACUCCAUCAGCACAGGUCUCAUGAUGGAAGACGAUCCGUCACCCUGUGCGUUUGCCGGCAGCGGCCGCUUCUGCGUCGGGAACGGAACCGAGUGCAGGGGCAAGUGGGAGGGCCCCAACGGCGGCAUCACAAACUUCGACAACAUUUUCUUCGCAAUGCUGACGGUCUUCCAGUGCAUCACUAUGGAGGGCUGGACUGACGUUCUCUACUGGAUGAACGACGCCAUCGGCUUCGAGAUCCCAUGGAUUUACUUUGUUUCUCUCGUCAUCUUUGGAUCCUUUUUCAUCAUCAAUCUCGUAUUGGGUGUGUUGAGCGGAGAGUUCUCCAAGGAAAGAGAGAAGGCCGUGGCCCGAGGUGAGCUGCAGAAGGCGCAGGAGAGCAAGCAGAUGGAGGAGGACAUGAUCGGAUACAUGGACUGGCUCAUAGAGGCCGAGGAUGUGGACGAGGAAGGAAACAAACGUGCUGCGAUCGCAAAGAAGAAGAUGAUGAAGAAGUUCGGCUGGUACAAGCACAGCGAGGAUGGUGGAGAGUCAGACUCGGACGAUGAUAUCGCAUACCUCGAUGAUGACAACGGCUUCUGUGCUUCUCUCAUGGCGAAGAUGAUGGCCAACAGCUUCUGUGACCAGUUGUGCCAGCUGAAUCACACAAUGAGAAAGAACUGCCGCGUGGCCGUCAAGACCACAAACUUCUACUGGCUGGUGCUUCUGCUGGUGUUUCUCAACACAGUGGCCAGUGCCUCCGAGCAUUACGGACAGCCAAAGUGGCUCACAGAAAUGCAAGAGCGAGCCAACAAGGUGCUGCUGCUGCUGUUCACUCUGGAGAUGCUGAUGAAGAUGUACGCGUUUGGCCUGCAGAUCUAUUUCAUGGCGCUGUUCAACCGCUUCGAUUGCUUUGUGGUGUGCGGCGGCAUCCUCGAGACACUGCUGGUGGAGAUGGAGGUCAUCCCGCCCAUCGGCAUCUCCGUGCUCCGCUGCAUCCGACUGCUCAGGAUAUUCAAGAUGACUCGGCACUGGGCUGCUUUGUCUGACCUGGUCAACUCGCUGCUCAACUCCAUGAAAGCCAUCUGCUCCCUUCUGCUCCUGCUCUUCCUCUUCCUCAUCAUCUUCGCCUUGCUGGGAAUGCAGUUGUUCGGAGGCAAAUUCAACUUUGACGAGACUCAGAUGAAGAGAAGUACUUUUGACUCCUUCCCCCAGGCUCUGCUCACUUGCUUCCAGAUUCUCACUGGAGAGGACUGGAAUGCUGUGAUGUACGAUGGCAUCAUGGCUUACGGAGGGCCGAUCUUCCCCAACAUGGUGGUGUGCAUUUACUUUGUCAUCCUCUUCGUCUGCGGUAACUACAUUCUGCUCAAUGUGUUCUUGGCUAUCGCUGUAGACAACUUGGCAGGAGGUGGCGGAAAGCAAAAAGUCGAAGAGAAAAAGGAAGAAGAAGAAGAGUGGGAUGAAGAUGAAGAGAAAGAGGAUGAAGAUGCAGGGAACGAAGAGGAUGACUGGCAGGAAAACGAGGAGCUGAGGGCCAUCGAGGGGCUGGAGGGAGUCGCUCCCUUGAAGCCGGAGUUUUCAGGGCCCAAAGAGAAGAUCGUCCCAAUCCCUGACGGAAGCUCCUUCUUCCUUCUUGGAAAGAAAAAUUGUUUGCGAGUUGCCUGCCACAAUCUCAUCCAUCACCCAUACUUCACCAACUUCAUCCUCAUCUUCAUCAUCCUCAGUAGUAUUUCCCUGGCUGCUGAGGAUCCAAUCAAAUCCCACUCAUUCAGAAACAUCGCGCUCGGUUAUGCCGAUUAUGUUUUCACCUCAGUUUUCACAGUGGAGAUCGUGCUGAAGAUGUUAGUCUACGGAGCUUUUCUGCACACCGGCUCCUUCUGUAGAAAUGCCUUCAACCUCCUUGACCUGCUGGUCGUCAGCGUGUCGCUCACGUCUUUCUUCUUACAUUCAAGUGCGAUCUCUGUGGUCAAGAUCCUGAGAGUGCUGAGAGUGCUCAGGCCUCUUCGAGCCAUCAACAGAGCCAAGGGACUGAAGAAUGUGGUGCAGUGCGUGUUCGUGGCGAUCCGAACCAUCGGCAACAUCUUGAUUGUCACAACGCUCCUUCAGUUCAUGUUUGCCUGCAUUGGAGUUCAGCUCUUCAAGGGACGAUUCUACAGCUGCACAGACGAAGCCAAACACACCCCCGAUGAGUGCAAGGGAACGUUUGUGGUCUAUAAAGACGGGGACAUGAACCACCCCAUGGUGAAAGAGAGGAUUUGGGAAAACAGCGAUUUCAACUUUGACAACGUGCUGAUGGGCAUGCUGGCUCUAUUCACCGUGUCCACAUUUGAAGGCUGGCCGCAGCUCCUUUACCGGGCCGUGGACGCCAAUGCCAUAAACCGAGGUCCCAUUUACAACUACCGAGUGGAGAUCUCCAUCUUCUUCAUCAUCUACAUCAUCAUCAUCGCCUUCUUCAUGAUGAACAUCUUCGUGGGUUUUGUCAUCAUCACGUUUCGAGAGCAGGGAGAGGCCGAAUUCAAAAACUGCGAGCUCAACAAAAACCAACGUCAGUGUGUCUAUUACGCACUGAAGGCUCAGCCUAUAAAGAUCUACAUUCCUAAAAACCCGUCGCAGCUCAAAUUCUGGAGAAUCAUCAACUCCAGUCAGUUUGAAUACAUCAUGUUUGUGCUGAUUCUGGGAAACACGCUCACUCUGGCCAUUCAGCAUUACGAGCAGUCUAAAUUGUUCACCUCCGUCAUGGACCUCCUCAACAUGAUCUUCACUGUGGUUUUCACCAUCGAGAUGAUUAUCAAGUUACUGGCUCUGCGUGCUCAUCAUUACUUCAUCGAUCCGUGGAAUUCAUUCGACGCUUUGAUCGUCGUUGGGAGCGUGCUGGAUAUCGCAGUCUCUGAGUUCAGUGGAGGAGGCGGUCACGGGGAGGGUAAAGGAGAAAGUGGAAAAGUGUCCAUCACUUUCUUCCGUUUGUUCCGAGUCUUGAGGUUGGUUAAGCUGCUCAGCAAAGGAGAAGGCAUUCGAACCCUCCUCUGGACUUUUGUCAAGUCGCUCCAGGCUCUGCCUUAUGUCGGUCUGCUCAUUGCCAUGAUCUUUUUCAUCUACGCUGUGAUCGGCAUGCAGACAUUUGGCAAAGUGGCAAUUGAUGACGACACACAUAUCAACAGAAACUGCAACUUCCAGACUUUCUUCAUGGCGGUCCUGGUACUCUUCAGAUGUGCCACUGGAGAGCAGUGGCAGGAGAUUAUGCUGGCAGCUCUGCCCGGUAGACGCUGUGACCCAGAAUCCGACACUGAGCCUGGUGAAGAGUUCAGCUGCGGCAGCAACUUGGCCUACAUCUACUUCAUCAGCUUCUUCAUGCUCUGUGCUUACCUGAUUAUCAACUUGUUCAUUGCCGUCAUCAUGGACAACUUUGAAUACCUGACCAGAGACUGGACCGUGCUCGGUACUCACCACCUGGAUGAGUUCAAGAGAGUUUGGUCCGACUACGACCCAGAGGCCUCCGGUCGUAUAAAACACAUCGAUGUUGUCACGAUGCUGCGCAGGAUUCAGCCACCGCUCGGUUUUGGAAAACUGUGUCCUCAUCGUGUUGCUUGCAAGAGACUGGUCGCUAUGAACGUCCCGCUGCACCCGGAUGGGACAGUCACCUUCAACGCUACUCUGUUCGCUCUUGUGCGCACCUCACUCAAGAUCAAGACAGAAGGUCCCAUCGACCAGCAGAAUGAGGAGCUGAAGGUGAUCAUCAAGAAGCUCUGGAAGCGCACCAAACCUAAGCUCAUUGAUGAAGUCAUUCCUCCCCCUAGAGGCGAUGAGGUUACUUGUGGGAAGUUUUAUGCCAGCUUCUUGAUUCAGGACUACUUCAAAAAGUACCGCAAGAGAAAGGAGAGGGAGAGGAAGUCCAAAAGGAAGGACAAGGCCGCGUCUCUGCAGCAAGGGCUGCGGACGCUGCAGGACCUGGCUCCAGAGAUGCGUCUGGCGAUGGCCUCUGACCUGGAAGACGAGGAGGGUGCGGAGGGAGAGAUGACGGGCGACGAGAUAUUCGACAGCGAGGCCGGAACCUCAGUGAACACCACGCCAGCCACCACGCCGCUGCCGCACAUAGACUCGCUGGUGGAGCAGACGAUCGUGUUCCUGGAGCCCGAACCAAAACCAGCCGACGAGGGCGUGAUCACAGAGCAGGUGACGGGCCUGCAGGAGCACCAGAGACCAGGAUCAGAGCUGGCAGGCAUCAGCAUCGUCACAGAGCAGCCUGUGAGGUCCGAACCUCUGCCCGUCAUCAGGGUGGACUCCAUCAGCGAGUUGCCUCCUCCUCCUCCCCCAGAGAACCCAGUUGUACCAGAGGUUGUAGUUGAGGAGCCAGUUGUUGUGCCAGCUACGCCGGGACUACCUGAGCAGGUUUAUAACCGUGAAGUUGAUGCUGCCAGUGUCACAUCAGUCGACAGGUACGUGUAUCCAGAAGCUGUCUCUCCUGUACCAACUGAGACCGGCUACAUCGAACCGGGCCUGGAAAGAGCCAGCAGCGUAGAGAUACCCUACGAUGCCAACGGCUACGUCGGCAACGGUUACACCGACGCCAACAUUAACGGAGGGAGUGUCGCCACCAGCCCCACGCCGUACUCAACGGAUGGAUAUAACGGGAACGCGUACAACGGCUACAAUGGAAACGGCAUCAGCAACAAUGGCAACGGAAGCACAUGCAAUGAAAAUGGCAGCACUAUCAAUGGUUACAAUGGGAACGGUUACAACGGAAGUGAGAAUGGCGCCGCACAGUUUGUCAGGAGACGGCUACUUCCUGCCAUACCGAAAGGUCAUAAACCUGCCUUCAACUUCCAGUGUCUCAGGCCACAGAGCAGUGUAGACAACCACCUCCCCAUCCCGGGGAAUUACCGUGGGAACACAUCCCCAACCAGAUCCCGUCUACAGAACCAGCACAGCCUGGAUUCCCGGCCUAGCAGCGUGUCCUCGAUGUCGUCCGCCUCCUGGGCCAACACGGCAGCAGCUGGCUCCACUCCUCUUCCAGGAAUACUCAACCCCUCGGGACGCAGGGGAAAGCUCAUCUACACCCCCAUGCUCCUGAUGGACGAGACCACCAGCACCACUCAGCCGGUGUGGACCGACGGCUCUGCCAGCCUCCCUGUGGGGAGCCGGCCAGGCUGGUACCCCGGACAGACGAGAACCUUCACCAGCGUGAGGAUGCCACCGGUCAACCAGGGCUUCGUAGACAAAGGCAGCGCAGACAGUCUGGUGGAGUCGAUCUUGAUCUCUGAGGGUCUCGGCAUCUACGCCAGGGACCCGAAGUUUGUGAGCUUUGCCAAGCGGGAGAUCGCCGAAGCCUGUCACAUGAGUCUGGACGAGAUGGAGAGUGCAGCAGCUGACCUCAUAGCUCGCGGAGCCAGUCAGUCGAUUUCUCGCUUUGAGGACGAGCUGGCCGAUGAAAUGAACUGUGUGAUUUCAUACUGAGAUCAGCUAAAACUGAAAUAAAGUGAGGGACGGAGUUUGUCAACAGAACAAAAUCUUACGAGGUGCGUAUUUAAAUCUGCUGUGGAGAGAGAAGACAGUGGACUGGAUGGUAUGUGUGUAAGAAUGAUGUGAUACAAAUAAGACAAUAAGUCAAUGUUGUCUUUCUUUGCUGUCGCGAGGUAAGAUGUUGUGUUGGGUAAGAUAUGCUUUUAUUUAUGAAUGCCAAAACACACACAUACGCACACACACACACACACACACACUGAUUUAAAGAGCACAUGGUCAGUAUGUGGCAGGACUCAACGAGGCAACAACUCGAUGACGAUGUGUUUCAAAUCUAUAUCUGUGAGAAAACUGCUAUCAUUAUGACAAAAGAACAUUUUUUGCAUUGUAUUCUCAUUUUUUACGUUACUUGAAUUAUUGUCACAAUAACAUAAUGUAAAUAUAUUACAUAAUAUAUAUUUAACUAUUAGAUCAAUAAGACGUUUUUACUUUGUUACACAAUGAUAUUCAGUUGAACACAUUGAUUGGUGAGUGUCCAACAGCAUUCGCUAUUUUAGAGAAAUAUUCAUAUAUACUAAAAUAUCUAAUAUCUUCAAAUAUUAAAUAUGCAAAACUCAUAGAGAUGUUCUGAUUUAUGACUUUUGUGACUAUAAAUAAAGCAUUGUGUUUUCUCAGA